AUGCCUUCCAACACUGGAGAAACGAACGACGAACUGAGCAACGACUAUGUUGCGGAAGUAUUAGCCAAGGAGGCCCGUGACAGCUCGAUGAAAUAUUCGGCUCAAGGACUGGGUGCUUAUUUGCCUAGAAGGCCUACAGGUGCAGCUCCUAAACCGAAUACGAGAUUUCUACGCAAUAUCAUAAAGGAAACCGACAGUCAUAACGCUGCAUUGAAGCGGAAGGAAGAAAGGGAAGCCAGGGAACGAAUGCGACAAUUACGGGGCCAAGCUUCGUCUUCCUCUGCGAAUGAUGCCAAAGAACGCGACCGUCAUCGAUCCCGGCACCUGUUGGACAACUUGGACUCGCUAGGAGACACAAGAGGAAGCCGGGAAUCAAGGCAUCGCCCUCAUAGGAGAAGCCAUAGGAGUCGUUCAGCUUCCUCGGACAGAGAUCGGUCCCGCAGACACCGACGAACCCAUCGAUCUGACGACAAUGGUGAAAGGCGUCAUCGAUCUUCAAGGAAAGAACAUCGCCGCCGCUCAUACUCACGAAGCCGCUCUCCACGAGAUGAUCAUGCCUCGAAUUCUCGCGAUCGCUACAGACAACGUCGACGCACGGUCUCAUUGUCGCCCUCUCGCAGCCCAUCACCAGACAGACACAGGGGUCGGAAAGGUAGAGAGCAUACAAGAUACAACACUCGCCGCAGCUCACUCGAUGGUCGCACGACACGUGAACACACCACAGCACGUGAGAGAGGACGGACACCAUCUCCUCCGAGAAAAGAGUCUGGGUUUGAGUCUGAUCCACUCGAGGAUUUGGUGGGACCACUUCCUCCUAGGCAUGAUGUCGACAGCGAUUCGGGAGCGAUUCGCUCUCGGGGUCGGGGCGCCUAUAAAGCCAACUUGAGCAAUAUCGACGCUCACUUUGCUCCCGACUACGAUCCUACGCUGGACGUCCACAUGGAAGAUGACGAUCAAGAUCAGGGAAAAGGGCCAUCCCGACGUCCUGUUGCAGGCCUUACCACAGAGGAAGAUGAUUGGGAGCUCGCCCUCGAGGCGCUUCGCGACCGUGCUCGUUGGAAGCAAAAGGGUGCGGAAAGACUACGAGAAGCGGGCUUCAAUGAUGAUGUGGUUGAUCGAUGGAAGAGUACUUCUAGUAAAACAGCCACAGGCGGUGGUGAUGAUGAAGGCAGACUUGAAGACGUGAAGUGGUCAAAGAAAGGCGAGGGUCGUGAAUGGGAUCGGGGAAAGUUUGUCAACGAUGAUGGACAUAUCGAUGUCAAGGCUUCGUGGUAG